AUGUGGAAGAAGAAAGACCCCGAUCAUGCCGUGGGCAUCGACGAUCUAGAGCUCGAAGCUGCGGGUUAUUCGCAAGAGAUGCCCCGACGUUUUUCACCAUGGUCUCUCGGAGCCUUAUCGUUCACUCUCACUUGUACUUGGCUGGGUACCGGAUCAUCAAUCGGGAUUGGAUUAGCCGAGGCCUCGGCCGCCGGAGCAUUAUGGGCUCUCCCGAUUGCUGGAGUCAUGACUCUGAUUGUAUCUGCCGGCAUGGCGGAGCUGGCAUCUGCAUACCCGGUCGCAGGCGCUCAGUAUUACUGGACGUUCAUGAUUGCAAGUGACAAAUACAAAGCAUUUGGGUCUUUCGUUAUAAUAGGAUGGUGGCUAGCGUCAGGUUCUGUUGCCAAUUUCAACUCUUCUAUGAUACUGGAAAUCGUCACAGUUUGGUAUCCGAGUUUCCAACCGCAACACUGGCAGCAGUAUCUUAUCUAUGUUGCUCUCAUCUGGCUUGCAACAGCCCUAAACAUACUGGGUUCUAGAUGGCUGCCUCAUUUUAACCAGUUCAUCUUUCUCUUGUCCGUCGCUACACUUGCGGCUACUACAAUGACCCUCUUUAUUGUUGCCCGCGGCCAUCAUGCUCCGGCUUCCUUCAUUUUUGCCGAUACUGUUAGUCAAAGCGGAUGGGCAAGCGAAGGGUUCUCUUUCCUGCUGGCCAUCAGCAACUCUGUCUACGGGUUCCUUGGAAGCGACUGUGGAGCGCAUCUUUGCGAAGAAAUUGCAAACCCAUCCAGGAACGUUCCAAAAGCGAUACUCUACCCACUGGUCGUGGGCCUACUCACCGCAUUGCCAUUCACCAUAUCCCUCAUAUACUCGAUCUCGGACGUCAAUGCCGUGCUCGAAAUGAUCACUGGUCUUCCAUUAAUUGAGAUAUACUAUCAAGGGACAGGAUCAUACGCGGCGGCUUCUGUUUUGCUAGCCGCCUUUGCAUUUUGCCUCUUCGGCUGUUUGGUGGGAGUUGGCACGACGUGUUCACGUACACUGUGGGCUGUAUCUCGUGAUGAUGCCUUGCCAUUCUCUCAUUUAUGGAUGCGCGUGCAUUCCAAGUUUCAUAUGCCGGCAAAUGCAAUGCUUCUCACCGCGAGUUGCGUUUCGCUGUACGGAUUGAUAUUCUUGGGCUCAACUACAGCGUUCUCCGCUAUGGUCAGUGCCACUAUCAUGUUCACACAGACCUCCUGCGUUAUUCCACAGGCCAUUCUCCUGUACCGAGGCCGCGAUCAGGUUCUGCCAAAACGGUACUUUGACCUCGGAAGAUUUGGCAACAUUGUGAACGCCACCGCCGUUGCUUGGACAAUCUUCCUAGACGUCCUCGUCUGUUUUCCAACAUCUAUGCCUGUGUCUGUGGAAAAUAUGAACUACGUAUCGGUGGUAUUUGUUGGAUUGGCUUCGUUUGUUGUGCUGUUGUGGUUCAGUACAAAAAGGGGGGUUUUCAUAGGCCCACAUGUGAACAUCGGGUUAAUGAACGAGAGGCGGUUAGCUGCGUUGCAAACAGACACCGUUGAUGCAGACGUGGACGAUCCAAAGGCUAGGGAAAGCCGAGUCUCUGUGAUCAGUCCAGUAGACUAA